AUGGCUGCUAAGAAUUGGGAAGGGCGAACAGAGACAGGCGGGGAUGGUGGCGACCCACCGCCGCCGGCGCAAGCACCGCUCGAUGCUGUGUGGCAGCCAGUGGCCAGCACAAGGUUUCGAUUCUACGUGUACUCAGCGUACAUGGAGAGACGAACGCUGGCCGCCGUGCGAGUGAUUGCGGCCACGCGGACUCGCGGUGCUGACUCUGUUAUCUGUCGAAUGUGGUUGCCGGACAACAGGACACUCACUUUGAAGGCCAGAGUUAAGCCUAUCCGAGAGAACUGGAACUUGAAGUACAGUGCGACAUACGUGCUAUGCCUGCUACGUGAGACAGGCGUGAAGCCUCAGGAGACGGUCGGCGCGUCGCUGUCCGUACUGGCCAGCACGGCGCAGCACCGCCCGCCCACUAACCAGCUCAUUGUCCUCGACACCAAUCCUAGGAAGGGUAUUGAGGAAACUCUACACGUGUGCGUGAAGCCGUUUCACUUUUCGUACGCUCGCGCCGACUGGCUGCUGGAGUGGUUUGAGCUGAACCGUCUGCUGGGCGUCAGCCACUUCUAUAUGUACAACGAGUCCCUGAGCGCGCCAGUCGCCUGCCUCAUAGAGCACUACCGCAAGCAGGGCCUGGUCACGCUGCUGCCCUGGAAGCUGCCCAUUGUGUCCAAAGUCGAAAUAAGGACGGAGGGUCAGUUCGCGGCAUUUAACGACUGCCUGUACCGGUCAAUGUCAGCUGCUGGUUGGCUUCUAGUCAUCGACGUGGACGAGGUGGUGCUGCCGCGGCGCGAGCGCACGCUGUCCGCGCUGCUCACUGCCCUGCGAGCUGCAUACAACCCUCCCUCCAAGGCACCCUCCGCCUUCUUGUUUAGGAACGCCUUCUUCUACUUGGGCUGGGAGGACGACGCCGAAGCCCCGGCGCCUUUGUUGACGUCACGCAAGACGCGUCGCUGGGCCGCGCCGCACGCGGUCAAGAAUCGCAGCAAGUACGCACUGCGGCCGCGCGACGCCGUCGAGCUCGGCAACCACUUCGUGUGGGAACUCGCGCCCGGCGCCAGCUCCGUCGGCGUGCCCACUGACCGAGCCUUGCUGCACCACUAUCGGAUGGCGUGUGAGUACGGCGGACAGCAAUGUCUGACGGUGCCGUCGACAGUGGACCGCACAGCGCACCGCUGGGCAGAUGACCUUCUCAAGCGGGUCAACGCUGAAAAGGAUGUAUAUUUAAAAACGUGUCCCACUUAAACCGGUUCUCGAAGCAUCUCCCUGAUUGUACAAAUUUACAAGUAUAUCUAAAAUGGUCUCUUUAUAUCAUAGAUAUUAAAAUUAUACGGCCAUGGAAGGUUAAUAUUAUCGCGUUAAUCGUUACCAGAGAAACUUGAUAAAAGAAUCGUGUUCUUUCUCUUAAAUCGUAAUGUUUCUCGAAAUUUCGCAUGAAAUAUAGCAUUAGAUAAGGUAACAUGUCUGCAAGCUUUUUCGGUAGCGUCACGUCGUGACAAUAUUGAAACUCUAUGGUCUUAAGUAAUUAUAAGUAUUAAGCCUGCAUUGAAAUUUAUCUGUAUAGUUUUGUUAUAUACAAU